CUGCUCGGCGGCCCCUUCAACGUUGGCGUUACACAGGCGCUGUGCUGUGGCUUGGUCUUUGCGCGACGCAACUUGAACCCCACCAACCGAUUUCUCCAUCGAACAACAACCACCACCAACUUGCUCGCCAUCUGGAUCUGACCUAACAGAUUGCUUCCCCGCUCCCGCCGAGGAAGCUGGCAAAAUCUUCUCCUGUUUCCUCUCGAGCUGGCCAGAACUUGCCUGCUUCAAUUAUGCUCGGGAUAUGUGGUGGAAACUCGGACAAUGGCGACAACAGACCACAUGACGCCGCGACCGGCGGAGGAGACAGGCUUUGGCCGGCUUUGCAGAUCCCCAAGAACCGCAGCACAGGAAACUUGGGGGCUGCCGGCGACGACAGUUCCGACAGGGCCCGCGUCCGCUUCUCGUUCGAUGCCGGCGCCGGCGCCGCCGAGUACGACGCACUCUCGAGGAGCGCCCUCAUGACCGACCACGACCACGGCUUGGGCAUGUCCGGGCUGAGACGAAUACGUCAGCAACACAAUCCCAUGCGUGUCCCUACUUUGCCUGCCUCGUCUAGCCGGACGCCCUCCGACGGCACCCUGACGAGAUCUGCCUCCAUCUCCACGCUGCUAGAACCGCAUGUCCAAUCAAUACCGCUUUCGCCCGGUCCUACCUCGCCCACCUUCACCGAAGAUCUCUCGCGUUUCCCGUCCGAAUCGCUGCAUUCUUUCUCGUUUGCCCACCAGUCCGAGGACCUGAUACACAGCCGCCAGAACGUUCUGAAGCGGUCAAUCGAAUUCAUGAAGGACCGGAAGGGUUGGACUGUCUCGUCCAACGCCGGGAUAGCCAGCGCGCAGGCGCGCGUCACUGGAGACGUGGAAAUGCAGAAUAUGCUUGAUCUUCUGGCGAAAGCGCAACUUUUAGGCGCUGGGAAUAUUCCUCAUGGAGACUCCGGCAUCCUUACGGGCCCCCUGACGGGGCCGGCGGCCACUUCAGACGCAAACGUAUUCGACAAAGGAUUUGCCCCAAGGACCGCAAGCCCCGAAUCCAUAGACAGGACGCCUCUCGUGUCGCCAACCGCCCCUGUCCCAGCACCAGGGCCCAGCCCCGUCGAAUCUCGGGAAUCCGAGAGGUCGGCCGUACCGGCUUUGGCGACGGAUUUGCGACCCGAGCCUUUGCCCAGUGAGGGCACCGGGUCCGAAAACUCGUCGAGGACGCCAACGAAUGAAAGCGGCACAACGGCAAAGACCUCCCCCCCGUCAUCGAGGCGUCCCAGCGUGCUGAAGCGAACAAUGACCGAGUCGGACACGGUUCAGGUGUCGGUACAGCAGAAGCUCGUCGACGCCAUGGCACGUCCGUUUCUCGCUAUCGAGCCGCCCCAGCCGCAGCCGCAGCACAGGCCAUCACAGCCGUUCCCGCCCGCCAUCCACCCGCCGGUUGCCCCGGCCCCGGCAGCGCAUGGCCACGCGAUGAGAUGGGUGCCUGCUGCGCAAGCAAUCUUCACCACGGAGGCGAAAUCGCCGUGGACAAUACACUCCGCCAAUGAUAUUGCCUGCUUGCUGUUCGGUGUCACAACGGCUGAGGUGAGGAAAAUGGGCAUACUGGAGGUGGUCCAAGAGGAGCGCAGGGCCUGGCUUGUGCGUAAGUUGCAGAAGGGCCUCCGCGACGAUUCCGGGGAUGGCUCCGAGGGCGAGAUUUCCGAGCCCUCCCCUGCUGUGCCGUCAUCAACGCUCCUCGGCGCCCGCACCGGUGGGAUCACGGCGAAGCUCCUCAGCAAGCCCAACUCGAGAUCCCAGACACCCAAAACCGGAAGGCGGCCGGCGACCAUUCACAACGGAGACCCGAAGCCGCCGAGGCCGGGACAGGCUCAUCGCACCACCAGCAAAUCUAGAGGCGUGCUGCUUUGUGGAGACGUUGUGCCGAUUCAAAAACGAAACGGAGCCACUGGCUCCGCUAGCUUUUGGGUUAUUGAAAAACGGGUGGGCUUGAUCUGGGUGUUGGAGGAAAUCCAUGAGGACGUUGCUUACAUCGAUCUCGACGAAGACGGCACUGUGACCAAGCUCUCCGGCGCUCUGGGGCCGAUUUGGGGCGAUGAGAACCUCAAGCCGGGUUUGGAUAUCGGCUCGUUGAUUCCCCGGAUUUCACGGCAGGGUAUUGACCCGCGCUUUGGCGAGAUCGACUACCGAGAAGUCGCGAGGAGGAAGUACUACACCUGCCGCACCCGUGACGGGAUUCACAUCCCAGCGACUGUGGAACAAGUUAGGGGGUCCACGCAGCUGCGCGUGUCAAGCUUCCCGCACAUCGCCGGCAUUGUUGUGGUCCGUCCCCAGGACCUCACAAUCCAGAGUUCGAACUCCGUGUUCUGCGGCGCGCUCUUCGGCCACGAGAAGCCGGAUGGCAUCUCGAUCAACCAGCUGGUGCCGAAUUUCGACAAGAUCCUCCGCAUCCUCACCGAGCGGGAUGGCGUUCACUUCGUUGAGGGCAUUGUGAUACCUGAGCACUCGUUCCGCAAGGCUUCAGCGUUCUUGGCGCUUGAGGAGGGCCGUCCGGAUGCUGCUGCGGCAUUCCUGCGCCCCGAGUGUCUUCCGGCCCGGCACCGCGACGGCUCUCAACUCAAGAUUGACAUCCAAAUGCGAGUCGUCAAGAGCGAAAAGCACAUCGCGGCGCACAGCCCAGCCGUCCUGGAGAACAGCGAGGAAGAGUCGACGUCGGACGAAGCCAGCGACAAGUUCGUCGUCGCGCAGACGGAGAUGGUAUACGCCCUCUGGAUUACGUAUUCGAGGCAUCUCCACGCUGUGCGGAGAGACUUGGCUGUGUCAUCGCCGUUGCUCGCCGGCGUGGCUACCCCAUUGCACCAACCGUCUCCUGGUCAGACGCCCGCCCCCACGCCGCCGGAGCUGCAAUCCGAUUCGGACGAGUCUCAGGUGGAGGAAAAGCCCCGAAGCUCGUCCUUGGCCCGGCAACUCAAGACUGCUGCCGUGAACGCCGCCGCCAAAUUGACAGGCUCCCAACGAGCCUCCGAGCCGCAGCAGGGGCAGACGGUGGCCGCCCAGCCAGCCGAGCCACCCAGGAAGAAGACCAUCGACGACUUUAUCAUCUUGGAAGAGAUGGGCCAGGGCGCCUACGGACAGGUCAAACUGGCGCGGUACCGCCCAACGGGCAAGACGUGCGUGCUCAAGUACGUCACCAAGAAGCGCAUUCUCGUCGACACAUGGACUCGCGACCGCCGACUCGGCACCGUCCCACUCGAGAUCCAUGUGCUCGACUACCUGCGGCGCGAUGGCCUCCGGCACCCCAACAUCGUCGAGAUGGAGGACUUCUUCGAGGACAGCGUGAACUAUUACAUCGAGAUGGCGCCGCACGGCCGGCCCGGCCUCGACCUGUUCGACUACAUCGAGCUGCGCACCAACAUGGAUGAGCAGGAGAUCCGCAGCAUCUUCGUGCAGGUCGCCCGCGCCGUCCACCACCUUCACACCAAGGCGCUCGUGGUGCACCGCGACAUCAAGGAUGAGAACGUCAUCCUGGACGGCGAGGGCAAUAUCAAGCUGAUCGACUUUGGAAGCGCGGCGUACAUCAAGAGCGGGCCCUUUGACGUCUUUGUGGGCACCAUUGAUUAUGCCGCCCCAGAAGUUCUGGCCGGCAAGCCCUACGGCGGGAAGGAACAGGACGUCUGGGCCCUCGGCAUCCUGCUGUACACCAUCAUCUACAAGGAGAACCCGUUCUACAGCAUCGACGAGAUCAUGGACCACGACCUGCGCGUGCCGCACAUCAUCAGCGAGGAGAGCAUCGACCUCAUCCGCAAGAUGCUCAACCGCGACGUCCAGCAGCGCUUGGACAUCGAGCAGGUGCUUGCGCAUCCUUGGUGUCAAAUGCUGUGAGCUCUUAGAGCUGUCUGGGGAUUUGAGAGUGGGCGGAGAGGAGGUAAUAAUGGAGGGGAUCCGCCUUCUUGCGGAGGUAUGUGCCGCGGUCGAUCUUGCCCUCUCGGAGAGGAGAGAGUGGGCGAUGUUUGGAGUGUGCAGAAUGCAUGGAACUCCGAGGAGAUGGGAUAUAUGGCUCAACGAGCGGGCGACGGCGGGCGAUCCGGCCUGCAGCGACGA